AGAGUCCGUUUCCUAUUAGACCAAAGAGUAACUUCUAUACUCUUUGAUUAGACAUUCUAUUAGACAUUUUCUCGUCCUAGUUGCGUAGCAGAAGAAGAAGAAGAAGCAAGAUGCCAGAGCACUGUGCAGCACAUUCCUGCUCAAAUCGGCGUACCAUCGCCAACAGGGCUCGGGGGAUUACUUUUCACAAGUUUCCCAAGGACAAAGAUGUGAGGAAAAAGUGGGAAGUGGCUUUGAGGAGAGAAGGAUUCACUGCAAGUGCUUCAUCAGUGCUUUGCUCUCAGCAUUUUAAGCAGGGCGAUUUUGAUAGGACGGGUCAGACUGUCCGACUUCGAGAUGGUGUUAUUCCAUCCGUCUUCAGCUUCCCGGUUCGCCUCAAAAGAGGCAGGGCUACAUCUACCUACAGAAGAGCUAAAGAAAGGCUGCCCGUUGCCUCUCAGGAUUCCCAAGAAAUGGCAACCUCACACCCACAACCUCAGCCUAACGAUGAUCAUGGCUAUGCCUUGCCUGCUUCUCCUAGCGCUCUUAAGAGCAGACUCAAUGAAGCCUUGGCAAGAGUGGAAAGUCUGGAGCGAGAGAAAAAGAAUGCUGUGGCCAGAGAAAAGAGGGCAAAGACGGCGGUGAAGAGUCUUUUGGGGGAUUUAAAGAACAUCAUUACCGAAGGUUGUCAAUGAAGGUACCAAGGAAGGCACUCAAGAAUGGGUGAUUACACAUUGCCGAUGGAUGUGAUGAAAAAUUCACUUUACUGCUUUGAAUUGAACAAAAUGACAUGGUGCUUUCUUGGGGUGUCUUGUUUCGCCAUGAUCAGAGUAAUAAAACUUUGUCGGUCAUCAGAUUUGUCGGAUUCCUGAACUGCUCCAAGUUCAGUGGUAUGCUCACCUACAGGUUCCACCAGGGUCACUUGGAGCUCCUAUUUAAUUCAAUCAGAGCGUCAGGCGGCUGGAAUCCAUCGGCACGCCAGUUCCAGACCAUCUUCCGCCGUCUGAAGGUUCGGUGUGGUGUCUCGCCUGGUGAGGCAAGCAAUGUGGCGGCCCAAGACAGCACUGUGUCCCUGUCUGCUGUGGAGAUGUCCUCUGCUGAAGAGCACCUAUCUCCAUUGGCCAACAUUUCGGCCCUUUGUGUGUGACCACAGUUAUCUCCCCACUCGGUUUAAUGGUCUGGUGGAAAAUGUUUUGGUCUACAUAGCAGGGUUUGUAGUCCGGCAGAUUCUAUGAAAGCUGUCCUGUGAUAUGUGCCGUGCGAGCUUGGUCAGAGAUGCUGAACCAUCUUCAUUUGACAAGAGCUACCACCUUCUAGCCCUGAAAAACAACGGCGGCCUAGUGAUUCCAACACAAGGCACAGUGAAGGUUUGAUUUUAUUAUCUUGCUUUUUUAAUCUCCUAAAGUGUUGACAGUCACACACAUCGUAUGGGAAGGUUGGAACGGAGGAUGUUUUUCUGCUUGGGGAACACAUUGAGGAGACAGUUUGGCUUGUCAUUGGUUGUGUCUGUGUUUCUCAAGAUAAGGCUGCACCACAUUGCCAAACUCCCCUCUCUUGAACUGCAGAAAGGGAGCACGAGAAAAGCUCUACAAAACGGUCCUCAUUCAAAGCUUUCGUGUGUGUGUGUGUGUGUGUGUUGGGAGGGUGGCUGCUAAAUGUCAAGGGCAGGGAGGAGAUGGUUGCAGAAGAAUGUGGUAGUACAGUGUGUGUGUGUGUGUGUGUGUGUGUGUGACAGAGAGGCAAAUAUAAAAAGCUUCAAGUAGACUCUAAUAUAAUCAUGUAUUGUUUCUUCAACUUAUUAAAAUAUCUGAAUUUACUGCCACUAUCUGUUUCUGCUUCUCUAUCAUAUUUAUAUGAAUGUAUGUGGGGAUAACGGGAGGCUAGAGAGGGGGGGCUGUCUGUCAACAGCUGGACAUGUAUGUUUUGUAUUGUCUUAUAUUAUUUUAGAAAUAUAUUUUAGAACUCUAUUUUUUUUUAUCAGCACCAAGAGGACUGCCAUCCAGUUUCGUUGUAUUCUGUGCAAUAAAAUUAAAGAAUUCUAUUCU